AUGGAAGCUACAGACACUUACAAGACACCAAGCAAAAGUUCUCAGUAUGCGGAUCUCGCGAAUGCCAUGAUCGAGCGCCGCAAGUCCGUGGCAUCAAAAGAGGUCAAGCUUACUUGGCAAGCAUACAAAGGGCAGCUGAAGCCAUUAAGAGACGGACUGAGCUUCAAGACCAAGUCAGACAUCCCCAACUAUAUCCUUCUGCUCGAGAACCUGAUCUCAGCGAUUGAGACGGGCAAGAGUACAGCAGAGACUCGGCUGCAGCUCUGGCAGCAGGAGACACAAAACACGCAGCCUCCAUCAGAAUCUUGGAAUGAUACAAGCCAGCUUCCAGAACCACUCAGAACGCAGCUUCUACGAAUGCAGGCGGAACACAAACAAGAGCAAACAGAAAUGCUGAAGCGCCUCCAGGACCUGGACCAGACCAUCACCACUCUACGUGUAGCAUUGGAACUGCCAAGGUCUUCGCCCUUGCGACGGUACACCGUGAUGGACUUGAAGUCACUCAACAGUAACUUCAGCACCAUCAUCCGUCUCCAUGGAGAAUACCACGAGAUUGCUUGUUGCUUCUGUGGCGCAAAUCAUUCAACGUCAAACUCGAGGCUCUUCAUGGGAUGGAAUGCCAUGAGAAAGCAUAUUCGCUCGAAGCAUGGGCUAACAGAGGGCAGCUUGAGCGAUGGUGAGCUGUUUGAUUGGUGCUCACGAAGGACUUUUGACGGCGAAGAUGUGAAACGUAUGCAGGUAGGGGAGCAGCCGCUUUCCGGGGCGAUCGUGACGAGGGAUGGGGACGGGACAGGAACUUUAUGGUGA